UACUGCUCCACCAUUCUGGCUGCGACGAUGGUGAAUAAUAACAACAAGCUACCACAUGGCGGAAUACACCGACGACUGGAGUUUAAUGAGUAACCAUCGAGGGCUCAUCCAUAUUCGGUGGGGUCAAGGAGGUGUAGGAACUGUCACGGCUCUCCAGGACCAUCACCACUUACCUAGCGGACCUCAAUGGAGCCCGGGGAAUAGCCAGUACCAGCAGCAGCAGUACCACCACCACCAGCAGCAGCAGCAGCAGCAGCAGCAGCAGCAGCACCACACGGCCCGGAGCCUGGAGCGAGCUCUGGAGGAUGCCGUGUGCUCCGGGAUCCUCAACCUAAGCGGCCGGAAGCUGAGGGAGUACCCGGGGGUGAGCUACGACCUCACCGAUACAACACAAGCAGAUCUGUCUAAGAAUCGUCUCUCUGAGGUGCCCCCAGAAGUUUGUCUGUUUGCCCCGCUCGAGUCCCUCAACCUCUACCACAACUGCAUCAAGUGCAUCCCAGAAGCCAUCAUCAACCUGCAGAUACUGACCAAUCUUGACAUCAGUCGAAAUCUCAUAUCCAUUUUGCCCAAACACCUGUUCAACCUUCCGCUUAAAGUUCUGCUUGUGAGUAACAACAAACUCGUGUCCAUACCUGAAGAGAUCGGCAAAGCCAAAGAACUGAUGGAGCUAGAUGUGAGCUGUAAUGAGAUCCAGGUUCUGCCAGCCCAGGUUGGGCGUCUCCAUGCCUUACGAGAACUCAACAUUAGGAAGAAUUGUCUGCAGAUCCUUCCAGAAGAGUUGGCUGACCUGCCUCUUAUUCGACUUGACUUCUCCUGCAAUAAGAUCACAGAGAUCCCAGCAGCCUACAGGAAACUCAGGCAACUGCAGCACAUCAUCCUCGAUAACAAUCCUAUGCAGUCUCCUCCAGCACAGAUAUGUCUCAAGGGAAAAGUGCACAUUUUCAAGUACCUGAACAUCCAAGCAUGCAGAUCGGACAAAAAGCCAGACACUUUGGACCUCCCCUCCCUUGGCAAACGCUGUCUUCCACAGCCACUCACAGAUAGCAUGGAAGAUUUUUAUCCCAGUAAGAACCACGGGCCUGACUCUGGAAUUGGGAGUGACAAUGGUGACAAGAGGCUGUCUACAACAGAGCCUUCAGAUGACGACACCGUCAGCCUCCAUUCUCAGGUGUCAGAGACAGCCCGCGCUGAUGCCCUCUCAAUCCUUUCCAAAAUGGACUCUUGCAAAGAUCAGGAUCUGUAUGACUUUAUAGAACCCAACCCGGAUGAGGAUCCUGCUCUGUCAGAGUGUGAUGGACAGCAGAACUGUCAUGUGUCAUGUAUUAAGGAACUGGAAAAGGUUCUGUCUCACCAAAGCAAAAACAAGGAGAGCUGGAAAGAGGAGUCAGGCUCCGACAAGGAGCAGGCAUUGGAGGAGGAAGAUGAUGAACUGAAGGAGGUGCUGGAUCUGAGGAAGAUUGCCGUGCAGCUUUUGCAGCAGGAGCAGCAGAACAGACGACGGUCCUUAAUUUGCAGAGCAGAAAGUCUCAUCCAUAGACGCAGAGUGACUGGUCGAGCUCACAGAUUCUUAAGUCACUCUAGCAGCUCUGGCAGCAAAUCCAGGCCUCCUCCUCAACCUCGUAGUGCUUCCCUGGAUGAGGGAAGUAGUGGAGCAUCUCUGCUAUGUGGACAGCCGCCGUCCUCCUCCUCCUUUGAUGGAAACCUGAAGACGGAUCAGUCAGAUUCAGAGUCCAAAUGGCCGGACGUCCCUCCUGUUCUCAAUCAAAAUGAGGAUCGAAAGAGAAACAAAUAUUUGAGAAAAGAUUAUCUCAAGUACAAAUGCCAGAGUGCCCGGAAAAACUGCAGCGGAAAGGAUGACUGUGAGGAGAGUUUACGCAACUCUGAUUUCAGCGCCACUCUCACUGUGUUUGGACUCAAGCCAAGAUCAGCCUUCACAAGAGGAAAUCAUCAGGAGUUCAGCUCAACUGAGCCCAGCUUCACUAUGAGGAGAAAGAUGGAGCAUUUGAGAGAGGAAAUUGAACAGAUUGGAAUCCUACGACAGAACAUUGAGUCCAGACUGAAGGUGUUGCUUCCAGAUGAUGUCGGAGCUGCUCUGAUGGACGGCGUAGUCCUUUGUCACUUAGCCAAUCACAUUUGUCCUCGCUCUGUAGCCAGCAUCCACGUACCUUCGCCUGCAGUGCCAAAGCUCAGCAUGGCAAAAUGCCGUAGAAAUGUGGAGAACUUCCUGGAUGCCUGUAAGAAAAUGGGCGUUCCGCAGGACAAGCUGUGUCUGCCCCAUCACAUCCUGGAAGAGCGCGGCCUGGUGAAGGUGAGCGUGACCGUGCAGGCGUUGCUGGAUCUACCCGCCAUGAAGCCCACGCAACUAUCAGCCGCUUGACACAAGCCUGAACAGCAGCCCAAAUCCUCUCCCACCUCACCUCGGACCAGAUAUCCCCUCUUAGGUCCUCCGAUCAGAAGGCGAUGGCCCGGUGGCUUUGCUUUGUACCUGACUGAAACAGCAGACCAGAAAAUAACUCUCCCCUUGUGUUUGUGUAUGAUGUUGACGCUUCCUGUCCAUCACAGCUUUGACGUGUAUCCUCUUCGUACAUCCACCACUGGGACAUUUUGGACCAGACAGCGUCCCGCUGAUCCCUCUUUCGACGCUCAACGAUGACUGAGCCUACUUCAAGUGCCGGUUGUGACAUGUAACGCACUCUUUAACCCCUCCUGUCAUUCAUGGACGUAUUUAUAUUCAGUGCUGUUUACAUUCUUUCUACCCUAUACAGCUAACUUACCUGCCACUUUGAGCACUCUACUGUUUCAAAUCUUUGCCUUUCAAAAUGCAUGACGAAUACAUUUGUUGUUCAAGUCAUGCCAUGGUGAACCUUCUUAAACUAGUGUACAAGUCCUACAUGGUUAGUGUAUAUGAUCACUGUGAUGACAUGUAGUCCAUUGUGCUUUCAGAGCAUUUUCUCCUUUUUUUUCAUUUGAAGUCAUGUAUUUUUUAAAAUUUUGUACCGUUUUUAUACUUUGUCACGCAAGAAACAAAGCAGCUUUUUAUCUUUGCGCUGGAAGCUACUAGCGUGGAAGAAUCCAAACAUGCCAAGGCAAUGUCCACAAAACGCAAUCUACACUCAUGAUCUUGUGGGCGAAACCAAAAUGGCUCAUUUAAUGUUGUUAUGCCACCUGCAUGUGUCGUUAGAUAUCUUUGUUUUGAUUACGAGACCAUCUUGAAUCAUCCUCGACGACUUGCUUACACUUUAGAUUUUAGCAUUGAUUUGAAAGUUUAGAUUUGAUGUAUUUAUUUAAGGUUUUUUUUUUUUUUUUUAACCGGACUCUGACUGAACUACUUGGGCCUUUAAAAGUAACUUUAUUUGAAGGAAAGGCCACAAUAUAAACAAACAAUAAUGAUCAUUGAGCAGUCCAGGAAUUAACAAGAGUUGAGUAACCAUACCUUUUUUCUUUCUUUCCUUCCGUUUUUUGGGCAUGGUGGUGGGGCUUGAACAAAGGAAUUGUUUGUUUUGAAAAAUGUCCAAAUUGUUUUGUUUUUUUUUAGUAUUUUGAAUAUUACUUUUUCUUACUUAAAGAAAGAGCAGUGUAUUUUUCAAGGUGAACAAUGCUGUAAUAUUUAAAAAUGUAUUUAAAUCUUAUGUGCUUGUUCUUCUUUCUCUGUAGUUUUUUUUUCACUCACGCUUGAAUGUCUCAUAUUUGUGUCCCCGUUUUUACGUGUACUGACUACAUUUCAUGGAAAAAGACAAAAUUAUUACUCAUUAAUUGAGUGUGAAACAUACCUUAUCUUUCAUUUGUAACUGUUGGAUAAACAACUUGAUACAGAUUAAUCCAUUUGAAUGCAUCUCACAUCAGAAACUGUAGAAGCCACUUUUUACAGCAUAGAAAGUCAGUCAGAUAAUUCCAUAUUUUGACUAUCUCCCCUUUUAUAACUCUAGCAUAGUGGGUGACUGGUUAGCACAUCUGCCUCACAGUUCUGAGGACCAGGGUUCAAAUCCUGCCCUCCCGUCUAUGGAGUUUGCACGUUCUCGUGCUGCGUGGGUUUCCUCUGGAUACCCCGGUUUCCCCCUACAUCCCAAAAACAUCCAUGCUAGCACAAUCGGAGACACUAAAUUGCCCAUAGGCGUGAUUGUGAGUGCCAGUGAUUGUUUCUUUGUGCCCUGCGAUUGGCUUGCGACCAAUUUUGGGGUGUUCCUCUCCUCUAAAGAUAGUUGGGACACACUCCAACUCGCCCACAACCCCAGUGAGGAUAAGGAGUACGGAUUAUAGAUGGAUGGAAGUUUACAAGUAAAGUGUUUAUACACUAGUUGAAAGAUUUGGUGUCCUCGCAUGGUCAUCUGAUUGAUCACGGACGACGUAGCAAUGGAGCUUUAUUUUUGCGUAACCGAAGAGGAAAAAAGAAAUGAAACCAAUUCGUAAGCUACCUCAGGUGCCACGUUGCCACUUCCACACAUCACCCGAGACCAAGUUUUUGUUGACAAUACACAAUACACUGCAGUCAAUGCACGAUUUUGUUGACAAUACACAACUGAAUUGACGCAGGUUUCACAAAAAAAGCUGCUUGAGAGAGAAAGGAAGUGAAAGAAUACUUAAUGGCCUAACACAGCCUGGACAAAAUCUUCUUGACUGUACUUUCUGUUUGCUGAGUUAGUGAGCCAUCAUGAAUCAUGUACCCAUGAGUCAUGCAGCUCAAUAAUGGAUCAUAUGAAUCGUACUUUGCAUUUCUAAAAUAACCAUAACCUUUAAAUGUUUGGUUGAGGUUGUUGGGAUCUGAAUGAUGCUUUUAAUUUAGUUUUUUUUCCUUGGAUCUAUGACUCGUAAGAGUCCAAAAAAUGGACCAAACAGAUGUUUCCCCCUCUUUGCUUUAGGAACACAAUGAAUUAAGGUCCAAACAAUGAGACGUUAUACAAUACUUGUCAAUACCUUGUCCUUUCUUUUUCUCUCUUUUUUUCCUAUUUUAUCAUCCCAGUACUUUUUGCAUUUUGUUGUUCUCUUAACAAGGAGACGAAAGCCAAACUUCACAUUGUAUUGUGUUUGAUCUUUGACUCAACCCAUUCAUAUGUUUUCAGUAAUAAUCCUCUUCUUGCUGCGGUUUAUAUUUUGACUUCACAAAACCAAGGUGACAUUUCAUAUCCUGAGAAUGAAUCAUUGAAAGGCAACGGUGCAACCAUGAGUCACAGUGACGUAGGGACACUGCCAGAAAAUUAAAGCUAUGUACUGUACACAGUCCCCCGUAUUUUAAGGUAGGUCAAUUGCAUGUAAAAAUAAUGAAUGACUGAAACUAUACAUCUCUAUAAUUUCCCUCUGUUUCUUA